AAGCCGGGAUGGAGGGUUGGCCACGCAGGCGCGGGGGGCCGCGCCGAGAACCCCACGCGGGAGCUUCUGGAGUCUCCAGCCACCGCUCCUCACUUCACCGGAGAAGGGGCUGAGGCUGGGAGGGAGCUAAUAAAGAGUGAAUGAGCGGCAGCCGCUGUGGCAGCCGGAGUCAGCCGGAGCAGCACCGGAGCCGUGCGCCCGGGAGGCGGCGAGGGGAGGCGGUUCGCCUCGUCCCUCCCACCCGCCCCUCUUUCUCUCUCUUCCUCCAGCUGGUCUCAGAGUCCGGCUGGGUCCGGUCCCUCUGUCCCCAUCCCGCAUUCUUCCACCUCCUCCGAGUCCCACUCCUCACCUAGGGCGCCCCGAACUGCCAUGGGUUAGGGUGGGGGCCGCGAGCCGUGCGAAGGACCAGCCCUGUACAUCCGCCGGGGGGCGCGGAACCCGAAAGCCGCCAGCCGCUCGCGGGCGCCGGGCAUGGGGAGCGUGGUGUGAGCCCGCACCCGAAGAGGACGCAGGGUCUGCGGAGACGGGCGCGAGGAGGAAGAGGAGGAGGAGGAGGAGGAGGAGAGCGGCGGAUUGCAAGGACCCGAGGGAGGAAGGGAGGGACAGGAGGGUGGGGAGCUAGGAAAAAGUGAAGCUGGGAGGAGAAGGCGGCGGAAGGUGGGGAUUGAUGCUUCUGUUUUUUGUUGCCGCUGCUGCCCUCGCGCUGGGAGCCGAGCCGGAGGGAAGGCGGUGGAGAGAUGAUUGCAGAGUUGGUGAGCAGCGCUCUGGGGCUCGCCUUGUAUCUCAACACCUUGAGUGCGGAUUUCUGCUAUGAUGACAGCCGUGCUAUCAAGACUAAUCAAGACCUUCUCCCAGAAACUCCCUGGACACACAUUUUCUACAAUGAUUUUUGGGGGACUCUUCUAACCCACAGUGGCAGCCACAAAUCCUACCGGCCACUCUGCACUCUUUCUUUUCGCCUGAACCAUGCCAUCGGAGGGCUGAAUCCCUGGAGCUAUCACCUUGUCAAUGUCCUGCUGCAUGCAGCAGUCACUGGUGUCUUCACGAGCUUCUCCAAGAUCCUCCUUGGGGACGGAUACUGGACCUUCAUGGCUGGCUUGAUGUUUGCCUCUCACCCCAUCCACACGGAGGCCGUGGCAGGAAUCGUGGGACGGGCCGAUGUUGGGGCCAGUCUCUUCUUCCUCCUCUCCUUGCUGUGCUACAUCAAACACUGUUCUACAAGAGGCUCCUCGGCCAGGACUUGGGGCUGGUUCCUGGGGACAGGACUGUGCGCAGGAUGCAGCAUGCUGUGGAAGGAACAAGGAGUGACCGUGCUGGCUGUGUCGGCAGUUUAUGAUGUCUUUGUCUUUCACAGGCUGAAAAUAAAACAGAUCUUACCUACCAUUUACAAAAGGAAGAACUUGUCUCUUUUCCUCAGCAUUAGUUUGUUAACUUUCUGGGGGACUUCGCUUUUGGGUGCUCGAUUAUACUGGAUGGGAAACAAGCCACCAAGCUUUUCCAACUCUGACAACCCAGCUGCUGAUUCGGAUAGCCUUUUGGCUCGGACGCUCACUUUCUUCUACUUGCCAACCAAGAACCUUUGGCUGUUGCUAUGCCCAGAUACACUCAGUUUUGAUUGGUCAAUGGAUGCUGUGCCUCUGCUGAAAACAAUUUGUGAUUGGAGAAACCUACACACUGUGGCCUUCUAUGUUGGACUCCUCCUCCUUGCCUACUAUGGCUUGAAGAGCCCAGGCGUGGAAAGAGAAUGCAAUGGGAAAUUUGUAACAAAUGGCAAGCAGAAUGCAAAUGGACAUAGCUGCCAUUCAGAUGUGGAGUACCGGAACUCAGAGAUUAAGCCCAGCUUUGCAUCCAAAGUAGAAAAUGGCAUUAAAAAUAAUGUAUCACAGAGAACACAACUUCCUUCUACCGAGAACAUUGUUGUUCUUUCUUUAUCUUUGUUAAUAAUACCAUUUGUUCCUGCCACGAACCUGUUUUUCUAUGUGGGCUUUGUAAUUGCAGAGCGAGUAUUAUAUAUUCCUAGUAUGGGCUUCUGCCUCCUUGUUACAGUGGGUGCCAGAGCCCUUUAUGUCAAAGUCCAAAAGCGGUUUCUCAAGAGCUUGAUUUUUUAUGCUACAGCUACAUUAAUUGUUUUCUAUGGACUCAAGACUGCAAUCAGGAAUGGAGACUGGCAAAAUGAGGAAAUGCUGUAUAGGUCAGGGAUAAAAGUAAACCCAGCUAAAGCAUGGGGUAACCUUGGAAAUGUUCUGAAGAGUCAGAGCAAAAUUUCUGAAGCUGAAAGCGCCUAUAGAAAUGCUUUGUACUACCGUAGCAACAUGGCUGACAUGCUUUAUAAUUUAGGGUUACUUCUACAGGAGAACAGCAGGUUUGCGGAAGCAUUGCAUUAUUACAAAUUGGCGAUCGGAAGCAGGCCUACGCUGGCUUCUGCAUAUUUAAACACCGGUAUUAUUCUAAUGAACCAAGGAAAGACAGAAGAAGCCCGACGCACGUUCCUAAAGUGCUCCGAGAUCCCUGAUGAAAAUCUAAAGGACCCUCAUGCACAUAAGAGCUCAGUUACCAGCUGUCUGUACAACCUGGGAAAACUCUAUCAUGAACAGGGACAUUAUGAGGAUGCCCUUAGUGUAUACAAGGAAGCAAUUCAGAAAAUGCCAAGGCAGUUUGCCCCACAGAGCUUGUACAACAUGAUGGGUGAAGCAUACAUGCGAUUAAGCAAACUCCCUGAAGCAGAGCAUUGGUAUAUGGAAUCAUUGAGAUCCAAGACUGACCACAUCCCUGCUCAUCUGACCUAUGGGAAACUGCUGGCUCUAACAGGUCGUAAGAGUGAGGCUGAAAAGUUCUUCUUGAAGGCUAUUGAGCUGGAUCCCACCAAAGGAAACUGUUACAUGCAUUAUGGUCAGUUUCUUCUGGAAGAAGCUCGCCUCAUAGAAGCAGCUGAGAUGGCAAAAAAAGCAGCUGAAUUGGACAGCACAGAGUUCGAUGUGGUCUUCAGUGCUGCCCACAUGCUCAGGCAGGCUAGCCUCAACGAAGCAGCCGAGAAGUACUAUGAUCUGGCAGCCAGACUGAGACCUAAUUAUCCGGCUGCUUUGAUGAACCUGGGGGCUAUCCUCCAUCUCAAUGGCCGUCUCCAAAAGGCCGAGGCCAACUACCUGCGGGCACUGCAGCUCAAGCCAGAUGAUGUCAUCACGCAGUCCAAUCUCCGCAAACUGUGGAACAUUAUGGAAAAGCAAGGCUUAAAGACAUCCAAGACCUGACACAGGAGGGCAGUACCUCCUCCUCCUCCAUAUUUUAAAGCUGGCUUCGUUAGUGAACAGAACUUCCCAGCAGUGCUAUGACAAGAGCUGGUAUGGACUUCCAAGAUGGGGGCAGAGGUCACUGGGGUCACUGCCACGUCUGGGAGUAUUCACUCUGCUGUUGGCACAGCCGUUAACACCAAAAAGGGGAACAUUGGAAACCUCCUCAAGGACGUAAUUGUUACCCAUAGAACUAUUAUUAAACCAGAGCACUUAAAACAGGAUCUUACGGCAUUGGGGUGGGAGGUGGGCAGGGAAUCUAAGUUACAAAUUUUGUUCAUUUUUGAAAGCUAAUUUAGAAAUUAUACUGUUCCUUAAACACUGUGAGAGGAAGUCAGAGUGUCCAUUCAGCCCUGCUAAACUAAUAAGAUCAAGUGUUAAUAGGGAAUAAUUAAAGUGUCGUGUGAAUCCCAGCGUGCCGGCCGGUUGUCCUGACGCUGCUGUCUUCCCUCUUUGGGACAGCCUGCUUACCAAUUUGUGAAACUUAGGGGAAAAAAAAAUUUUUUUAAAGUAUGUCAAGAUCUGUCAGAAUCUAUAGUUGUUUCCCGACUAGGGCACAUAACAUUUUAUUAUUUGGAUGUCACAGUCUUCAUUUCUUUUAGACAGCAUUUGCUUUUCAAUGUUCUGAGCUGAGGUAACCAUGUUUCACACUGGCGUUGCUGGAGAGGUUGGGGAGACCUUUUACAUGUCCGGCAGGCAAUUUUUAUUUUUAAUGUCACCAGCAUUUCCCCCCAGACUGCCUAGGAGAAUUCACUGUAUUAAUUCUUAGGCUUUUGAAGUAGCUAUAGCUGGUUAAUGCACAUGCUUAUAUAAGGAUUAAAUCUAAAAGAGCUUAAAAGUGUUCUAAUUCCAAUAACUAGCCAGCAGCUAUUAGACAAAAGGGAAGUUGCUGUGUGCUUCCCAGAUGUGGUUAAUGGUUAAAAAAUCAAGUCUGAACAAAGGAGUGUAUAAUAAUGGUUGCCAGUGAUGUUAUAUUUUGGAAAGAAUUGGUAUAAAAUGCUAAUCACUUUCUGAUAGGUUCCUAGACAGCAAUGCUAAUAAGUUUUUAAGGAAUUAUUUUUUUAUAUUUUGCUCGUCCCAAAACACAUAAAAAAUGAGCUACAAUAUAGCAUCAGCCUGUGUGUUUUUAGGUCUUCUGCCUUGCGCUUUUCACAGUUAAACUAUUUUUUCACUAGCAAACUGGUGUUUUAUUCCUUUACCUAUUAGUAACCACUUCAGUGAUCAUUACACAAGUAAAAAUGAAGUAGAGAAAAACAUUUAUUGAACAUUGUUUUGACUUGCAAACUUUGCUACUAAAAAUUAACUUUGCAAAAAAAAAAAACAGUUCACUAUCAACUUCAUAGAGAAAGUAGCUAUACAAUACCCUACAUAUUUAUUUAUUUA